CUCGAAAUUCGAAAUUUCGCGAAUGCCGCGAGCUCGACGGCGAGUCCCCCGGGUCCCCCCAUCGCUGGCUUCCAUUUUGACGGACCGAUCCCCGGCCCCGGCUCGCAAAACGUGAGCCUGUUGUCGUUCCGCGUCUCGCGUCAUCUCGCUCGGCGUGUGCGCGUCUCGGCCGUCGGCGUCGGUGAGAGUGUCGGAGACCGGAGAGAUCCCUCGGACACAUCGCCGGUCGGAGUCGGGAUAACGGAGGGACGGAGAGAACGGCAGCAAGAUGCAGGGCACCAUAAUCGAGAACCUGAGCGGCAAGAAGCUCUCCGUGCUGGUGAUGCUUCUGAUAAUCGCGCAAAUAGUCUGCUUCCUGAUAGGCGGUUUGAUCGCACCUACACCUGCCAGCAGUCAGAAUAUUCUUGGCACACCGUGCAAAGUUAUUAGUGUUAAUGGGUCUUAUGACGAAGAUAAAUGGUUUUACUCAAGAGGAGAAGGUUCUUGUAUCCCAGUCGACAUGCAUCAUUUUAGUUUGGACACUCAACAGGCUUAUCAAGUUAUAUAUACAUUUCAGAUGCCCGUUCCACGAAACAGUAUGCAGCUUGAUUAUUCGAGAUGGCAGCAAAACUUGAUAGGUGUUUUACAAGUGGAUAUAUCUUAUACCAACCAGAUUGAAAUUGCUCCUAGGACGAAAAUAACAUUGGAUGCACGGCUAGCAUAUCGAAAUAAGGGAGAUCCAGAUAAUGCAUGGAAACCAUAUGCUGCUUCUAUCGUGGAAAGAAUUUUGGAUUGCAGCAUAGACAAGCCACUGGAGCACUAUAAUUACAAUUGUAGCGUUAUGCCGUUGUUUGAAUUAGGAUCUUUGUAUCACGAUUAUUAUCUGUUGAAUAUUCGUCUUCCUUCUGACACUGAUAAAAAUCAAGGACUUGGACACAUUGUUGAUUUAUGGCUUACAGCUAUUAAUCAAAAUGGCGGAUUCACGAAGGUGUGGGUGAGUCUGAAGACCAUUUAUUUCCCAGUAGUGCUAGCUGUUUUGGCUUGGUAUUGGAGGAGAGUGUACAUGUUAUCCAGAUCGCCCGCUCUUUUGGAGUACAUGCUCCUAGCUUUGGGUUCUGCCUUAACAUUUUUAAAUCUGCCAUUGGAAUAUUUAACACUCGCUUACGACAUGCCAUUUAUGCUUUUGCUGGGUGAUAUUCGACAAGGGGUAUUUUAUGCAACAUUAUUAUCAUUCUGGCUUGUGUUUGCCGGUGAACACUUGAUGAUUCAGGAGGGUGACCAAGGAAAUUCAUUAAAAUGUUAUUGGCGGCAUCUCUCUGCAGUAGGUACUGGUUGUCUCUCGCUGUUCGUAUUCGAUAUGUGCGAGCGUGGUGUACAACUGAGAAAUCCAUUCUAUUCAAUAUGGGUCACUGAUCUUGGCACGAAAUUGGCACUGUCUUUCAUUAUCUUGGCUGGUAUAUCGGCCGGAGUAUAUCUGUUAUUUUUAUCUUAUAUGAUAUGGAAAGUGUUCAUGAACAUUAGCGCGAAGAGAGCCGUUUUACCUAGCAUGAGCUCGGCGCGACGCCUGCAUUAUGAGGGUGUCAUAUAUCGUUUCAAAUUCUUAAUGAUCGCCACGUUAUUAUGUGCGUCAUUAACCGUCAUUGGUUUUAUACUCGGACAGGUUGCGGAAGGUCAGUGGAAAUGGGACGAAGAUUUACAGUUGGAAAUGACUUCUGCCUUUUUCACUGGGGUAUAUGGAAUGUGGAAUAUUUACAUCAUUGCAUUAUUAUGUCUCUAUGCGCCUUCCCAUAAGCAAUGGCCAAUUGAGCCAUCUGAGAACAGUAUUAGUGAAGAAAUCGAAUUUUCUCCUUUGCCAACCGAUCCUAAUGAGAUGCUGUCUCUGACUGCAUUUGCACGAAAAACAGCAGUAGAGUAAAGUACAUAUGUCUACUUGUGUACAUUUUGUAAGAAACAGGACAACACGACAAACUCUACUUAAUACUUAAUGUACUUAAUUGUUAUAAGUAGCACUUGUAAGUAGAACUGUACUUAGAUUUUCCACUAUUUAUUAGGAACCCAAUGACUGAUAAUACUCCUACACACGAUUUUAUAUGCCAAAUUUGAUUAUUUAUUGCUUCCAACAUUUUUUUGUAUGUUUUUAUGUACCUAUUUAUAAUAUUAUAUUAUCUAUAAUAAGAAAUAUAUAUAAGUCAUUUCAUCUUCGUAUUCGUUGAUAUUUGUUAUAAGUACAAAUUCUGGAGUAGAUUUAAUAUAAGAUCUGUUUUUUAUACCAUUUACACAAAAAUUUAGCGUAAUUACAACGUAAAUAUAUAUGUAUGUUCAAACACAAGUGAUGUGUAAUAUUUAAAAUCACGUACUUAAAAGAACUAUACGAGAGAAAGUAUUAGAAUAAAACAAUAGAUCAUGUUAUUUUAAUAGAAGAUCCUUAACAUGUUAUACAAAUAUUUUCUACAUUCUUCUUUAAAUUCGCGAAAAUAUUGCAUAAACGAUAAUCAAACAUUUCCGAAUCAAACGUUUUACAUUAUGCACAUGAGAUGAAAUGACUUUACGUAGUAAACAGCAGCUAAUCUGUAAUUGAGAUAGAAUUUACACAGUAUUAUAUGGAUGUAUUACCGUAUUGCGUAUACAAUUAAUUUCUAUAAAGCUACUAAUAGAUAAGGUAUAUUUUUAACUGCUAAAUAUCGAUGAAAUUUUUAUGUUGAGAGAAAAGGUUAAAGAAUUUUUCCUUGACAUAUUUUUUACAUGUAAAAUUUUUAGAACUUUCAGUAUUAUAUGCUUAUAGCAAUCUGAUAGAUAGUAGUCCUGCACUAAUCUAAUAAUUUUUUUUAUAUUAACAUGUGACUCGUCUGUUAAUGUAAGAGCUGUAUCUAUGUAUUACAUACUUAAACAGUUAAGUAUUUUUAAAUCGACAUUGAAAAUUUGAAAUAGCAUUCCAAUCUUACAAGAUGUUAUAAACAUUAAAUGUGUUUAUAUAAGUGAUUUGUUGCAAUUAAUCAGCAACGUAAUGAGUAGAUUUAGACGAUUUAUAUUAGGAAUUCGUAAAGCAUAUACUUAUUUCUUCUAUUCACUUGUCAUAUAUUAAGCGUGAGAUGCGUGAAGCGAAGAAUGUAGUUUUUACUUCCUAAUUAGAAUUACAUAAAAAAAAGCCUCCUAUGAUAUCUUAUAUUAUAUUAUACAUAUCAUUAUUGGGCAUUCAUCUAUCAUUUGUAAUACAAUGUAUUCGAUCAUGAUUGAUAGUAUUAAGAGCCAGUAUUCGUGAUUUAUUGCGGCAUCUUGAAAGUAACAAAUUUCAAAACGGAAAGUAUGUGCCAACUCACUUAAGUCUGCCAUUCAAAAUAGCGUCAGUUUUUUAUCAUAUACAUCGUUACAUAUACAAAGUAUUAAUGCAAGUCUUUCACUUUAGAUAACGCUAUGAAUACGCAAGGUGUAGUUCGCACGAAUCUAUUAUUUAAAAAUUAGAUCAGGAACUGUUCGAUAACAUUCUACAGAUGAUUGUGUAUGUAUUUAAUGUAAUAUCGAGACACUUAAUGUAGUACUUAUUAUAGGCACUGAUUAUAAAGUAGCAUUUUAUAAAGUAAGGUGCAAUAGUAGUCUCUCUCCGUAUGUCGACUUCAUGCUAGUGCAUAUUAAUCAAGUAAUGUAGCGGUAUUUAAACUAGACACGAGAGCGAAGUUUACAGAAGAUUCUUUUACCUUUCUAAACAAUUAAUUCGAGCAACGACCCAAUAAUUAGUCCAGGACUUUUUUGAUGGAUUCAGUAAUCCACGCUGUUUCGUUGUUAUGUAAAAGAAACAUUGUACCGAAAGCAAUUGUAUUUGUAAGUAAAUCCGACGUACUCUACAAUACCGUGCACCGCCUUCGCAACAUUUUUAUAUAAUUUGGUGAUUUUUAUACACUUUUUAAAUAAACGGAUCUGUUGUAGCCAUUUCUGCAUUUUGCGCGACAGCGAAUCUAUUGGGAUA